AUGAUACUGCUGCUCGCCUGUCUCAGCCUCCUGAUCGGUCCCGGUGAGCUGGGCACACUGAAAGAUGGCCCAUCGGUUGGUUACGCCGCUGUUUUCGGCCUUGGUGCGCUGCCAUUUGGAUUCACCGCUGGUCCAAGGUACGUUCCAAAAUGGAAGAAGCAAGCCUGCGAGAUACCGGCCUCUCAGCAUCCUAAUUCCCAUUACGUCUGCGACGAAGCUGGAGAAGUGAAAUGCUUACCAGGAUGGACCGGAGAUUUGUGCGACGUGCCAAUCUGUCGGAAGGGGUGCGACCCUCUUCAGGGUUACUGCCGCCGACCCAGUGAAUGUCGUUGUAAAUUGGGCUUCUAUGGCGAACUGUGUGACAAGUGUGUUGCCUUACCAGGAUGUCAGCAUGGCAGUUGUAACGUGAGCUUCGAAUGCUCCUGCGAUCCAGGAUGGAAAGGCAUGUUCUGUUCAGAACCGAUCUGCGCAUCUGAUUGUCUACCGAGCCAGGGAUACUGCGAGAAACCCGGCGAGUGCAGAUGCCGACUGGGUUGGCAGGGUCCAAGGUGUAAACAGUGUGCAGUUUUGCCAGGAUGUGUGCACGGAUCGUGUCAAGGACCUCUCGAGUGUCGUUGCGAGCCAGGCUGGACUGGACUUCUCUGUCAAACGCCGAUUUGCUCGCAAGGAUGUAGCAGAGAGCACGGCAACUGUCGUCGACCAGGUACGUGUAGGUGUCGCGUGGGCUGGACAGGUCCAAACUGCACCGAGUGUGUCUCUUAUCCCGGCUGCGUUCACGGCUCGUGUAAAAAACCAUGGGAUUGUCGUUGCGAGCCAGGAUGGGCCGGUGAUCUGUGCAACGAGAAGCUGACUUACUGCGACGAGCAUUCAGGAAUCUGUCGCAAUAACGCCACUUGCAUCAGCAUGACCAAGGAGGAUGGCAAUUACCGAUGUAUCUGUCCUAUCGGCUACAUGGGUCGUCAGUGUCAGAUCAAGACAAUGGUGCCGUCCACGGAAUUACAACCACCGGUGCCUGCUCAGAAUGAGACAGAGACGAAUGUGCAGAUGAUUCUGUUGAAACCGGAAGUGAAUGGAAAUUCUCAAGUGUCGGACGAGAAGGAUAAGAAUAGCUUGAAGGAUGAAGAACAAACGGCGGAGCCUCUUGGACCUAUUGUUAUUACCGAUCCACCCUCUACCGUCGAUCCUGCUGCUACCGUAGGGAAAUGGCCGACCGAACCGCCAACGGAAUCUCCAGUUACGGAGAGAGAUGACGAAAACGAGACGUAA